AACACAAAAAUGUGUCGUUUUCAAUGUAGCGAUCCAAAAACUUGUAAAGUACCUAAAUAUGCUUUAGGAUCACUCAAACAACAAUUAUUAACUUCAACUACAACAGAUUCAUUUAAUCAGAAUUGCCCUCCUUCCCCUCCUAAAUUUGUGCGGAAUCGGAGUGUUUCAUUUUUUUCUGGCUCCUCAGAUUCAGAAUAUUCUAGUAGUGAUGAUGAAUGCUUCCCCUUCGAACAAAAUAUUCGGCAAAAGCAACGUUUCUCUCCCUUAAAUACACCAGAAUGUCUUUCAACAGACAAUUUAACAAUACCUGAAAUUACAACGAUGACCUCAAAUGAAUCUUCUGUUGAUUCUGGUUUUGUUGAAGAGGAGAAAACUUCAAAAAAGGCAGCAAUCGAAACCAAAGAAGAAGAAGCUAAAGAAGAUGUUAAGCCCCAAAUAAAGUCAAUUUUGCUCAAACAAAGAUUUAUAGUCGAAGAAAAACCAAAAAAGAAAGUCAAAUUUGCCGAUGAUUGCGGCCAGUUUUUGUGUAAAGUUCGGUGUAUUCCCGCAAGAGAAAAAAUUGAUAUUUUGUGGAAUGAUGUUGUUGAUUUAAGGGAGACGAGUAGGGCCGAUAAUGAUUCUACGAGUUGGAGGGAUGUUCUAUUGUUUAAAUUAAUUAUGACUGCAGGCUUUAGGCAAGCUUUCUUUUUUGGAAAUUAGUUAUAUUUGGCUGUCGAGGUGUUGGAACUCCAUUAAAUUCCUCUACAACAACCUCUAAUAAUAAUAUUUGUGUUGGCGGGACAACCAACAAACCGGUUAACAACGGAUUAGGAU